UCAUAUUCUCUGAUUAUCAGCAAUCCGAUGUUGGCUAUCUACCUGGCCAAUAUCUAUCCAGAAGAGUUGUUUGAAAACAAGAGAGUGAUCAUUGACGGAAUACUGAUUUACUUGAAUGAGUUCACAGAACUCAACGGAUCUACUAGAUACAGAAGAGUGAGACAUUUCGAACAGUAUUUAUUUCUGAUCGAGCGAGUCCUGGAGUUCUUCAGUUACUCCCAAGGCAAGUAUCUCAUCAACAUAUUCGACAGACUCCUUGAUGUCGUACAGCCUUCACUCAACACAAAGUUUCCAGAGAACAGCAAAAACAAACAACAAAAACGAGUGCUUGACAACAAUCAGAACAACUUCUUGGUGUAUUCUCUGACUCCUGUCAAAGACUGCGUGCUCAUCAUGAAUAUUUGUUGUGUGCUCUAGAACUCUCAUGAAGACUUGAAGUCAUUCAGUAAGCCUGUGAUCAAGAAGUACUCUAAAGUGGUCAAUGCCAUCGUUGACGAGACCGAGAGCAUCCAACAAGUCUACCAAAUAUUCACCAACAAAUGCUUCAAUCGCAGAGCAGUUAUCGACCUGGUCUCAAGCUGUGACCUGCAACUGGUGCUGAAUAACUCAAAACUUGCAAAGAUUGUUGAAGAUUUCUGGGAAGGCCCCUUUGAAAUAGAGUUCUUUAUGAACCAGUCUUACUGUUACCAACAACUCCGCAACAUGUUUAUCGACUCUAAGCGGUUCUUCGGAUUCAAGCCUGCAACCAGGUAUCACUUUAGCAUUGAUAAGCUCUGGAGCAAACAGAAAGUGAUCAGCUGGAAGUUCCUGAGCGAGAUCGAGCAGCAGAGACCACGGAGAGCCCACUUCUUUCACUUUCAAAGGUGGGACAAGUCACUGCAAACCAAAUAUGUGCUGGAGGCAUUUAUGAUCAUUAUCAGCUCAAUCGCUGCAUUUACUUUUGCUUCGGAAGCAAUGGACUUCUUAUAAAAUCAGGAUUUUUGAAAGCAGCAGAAUUAGGACUAAUAGGAGAUGAACUGGAGGUUGAGGGCCUUACAGAAUCUGAAACAGAAGCUUUGAGUCAAGAAUUAAUAUCUGCUUUAGAGGAUCUAGAUGAGCAAGUCUCUAAAUUUUUAGUUGCUCUUGACGAAAGUGUAUUCGUAAGUUUUUAUAAAAUCUUUGUGUUUCAUCGAUUUCUAGCUGAAUUGGAUAAUGUCAGUUUAUCUUCUGAAAAAUAUCAAAGAAUAUAUUUACAUGGAGCUGAGGCAUAAAGAUACUUCAACUCUGGGCAUUCAAACAACAAUGAGUCUUGUAUAUUGCUUCACUCUUAUUUGGAUAAGCCGACUUCUCGUUUACUAUGAUGGGCUGUUCGACAAAAAUGAAAAAUUUUAUCAUGUCACUUUGAUAAGUUAUAGCUCAAAUAAAUUAGAAAUAUAUUGUGUUUAAAUAUAUUUCUCAAUCAUCCAAUUCUAUUCGCAUUUUUGAUAUGAAAAUGUUCUCAGAAUUCUCUUUAAUAUAGGUUCAAGUUCGAAUAUCUGCUGAAAUUUUUGAGGGGACUAGGAUGACUUACCCUAAUCAUACUUGAUAAGGAUUUGGUCUCAUUAGACUAUCCAAAAAGAGCUAGAUUCCAAAAUAUCUACUACUUCGACAUGAUAAUAUCUAAGGCAAUUAUGUUAUCAAGUGAAAAGAAGUUGACUAAGCAACUAUUUUCAUUCAAGAUCAUUUCUAUGAAUAAGCAGCUCAUCCUUAUGGUGUAAAA